UCUGAAGUGCACCGGCCUAAACGCAACUUCCUGCUCUGACGGCCUAGUCCAGCGGGGCCGUGGAGCGCCACACUCCUACCUGGAUCAGGGUAACCUCCGGGGCGCUGUGGGGAGCCCCGCUGGACGCACGUGACCAUGUGGCGGCUGCUGGCUCGCGCCAGUGCGCCCCUCCUGCGAGUGCCUUUAUCAGAUUCUUGGGCAGCCCCGCCCGCCAGUGCUGGCCUAAAGACGCUGCUCCCGGUGCCAACUUUUGAGGAUGUUUCCAUUCCUGAAAGGCCCAAGCUUAGAUUUGUUGAGAGGGUACCACUUGUGCCAAAAGUAAGAAGAGAACAUAAAAACUUAAAAGACAUACGGGGACCCUCCACUGAAGCUACUGAGUUCACAGAAGGCAAUUUUGCAAUCUUGGCACUGGGUGGCGGUUACCUCCGCUGGGGCCAUUUUGAAAUGAUGCGCCUGACAAUCAACCGCUCUAUGGACCCCAAGAACAUGUUCGCCUUAUGGCGAGUACCAGCCCCUUUCAAGCCUAUCACCCGCAAGGGUAUGGGGCAGCGCAUGGGGGGAGGCAAAGGGGCCAUUGAUCACUACGUGACUCCCGUGAAGGCUGGCCGCCUCAUAGUAGAGAUGGGUGGACGUUGUGAAUUCAAAGAGGUACAAGGUUUCCUUGACCAGGUUGCCCACAAGUUGCCCUUCCCAGCAAAGGCUGUGAGCCGUGAGACAUUAGAGAAGAUGCGGAAAGAUGAAGAGGAACGAGAACGUAACAACCAAAACCCCUGGACCUUCGAGCGCAUAGCCACAGCCAACAUGCUGGGGAUACGCAAAGUACUGAGCCCAUAUGACCUGACCCAGAAGGGGCGAUACUGGGGCAAGUUCUACAUGCCUGAACGUGUGUAGAUAGAAUGUGAGAAAGAAAUGUGCAAGGCGAUUGAGGGAAGGAAUCUACAUUUUUGUUCCCCAACCCACCCUCUGAUGUCAACCAAGGAGCAGCAUGAAUGCUACAGAUCAUUUCUGAAAAACUACGAUAUCUGUUGAUUUUUUUAAGUGCAUUAUAUUUAUAUUAAAUAAAGUUUGAGUACCACUUCAGGA